AUGGGAACUGGACUGGAGCAUGUGUUUACAGCGUUAUCUGGCCGAAAAAAGGUUUCACGUGCCGCCGCUGAGGACCGGGUUAAAGGCCUGGCGUCGUUCAACGAGCAGCGGUGGAAGAAGGAGCUUGAAUCAGAUGAUGUCGGCCCAAGCUCUGUGAAUGACCUUAUACAGCACGUGUUUGGUGAUACUGGAUUAGAGUUUCGUUCUACACUCGAGGUGGACAAGUCUCCUGAACUAGACAAAUGGUGGCAUGGUUUCCCACCGACAAGCCAAAGAUUCCAAGGAAAGGAACCCAAAGGUCCAGCUUCAAAGAGGCAGACCGUCACGCUUCCACAACAACCAUUAAACUGCGAUGAUGAUGAUGACUUUCAGGUUCAGUCUACUCCUCCACACUUGCGGUCAGCGAAGAAGAGUGCAGCCGUUAGUAAUGUACUACCAGCAGAUGACGCCUCUACGGAUGGGGAAGAAGACUCCUUCCUAGAUGGCAAUCCACCAUCCGCUCUGUCUGACCGUACACGACAACCUGAAACUUCUAAGCCUGGAAGCUCCCGGCUAGGAGCUAUCGGAGGCAAGAAGCAGCCGGCACCACCUCGGCCCCCGUCACCGCCGCCAAGACGUAAGGCCGCAAAUCCGCCGGUGGAUGAUGAAGAGACGGCAUCCGAGGCAUCAGAUGAUGAUGCCACGGCUUCAGUGCCUGCCUCAUCGCCCAUUCCAUCACCCGUUCAACGUCCUAGCAAGACGGCGGGCCUUGGCAGAAUUGGUGGAGGAGCAAUGAAUUCACGCCCUCUCCACAGCGUGAGUAGGCCAGAGGCAAGUCCACCUCCCGUAGCCAGGGACACAGGGCCUAGGAAGCUUGGCACGAUUGGUGGCAAGGCAUCCAAGGUAGAAAAGCAAGAUGAGGAUGCAGAACGUGGUCGGCUGGCAACUCGCAGAACAAACUCCCCAAAAGAUGAUCAGCCACGAGAGACGUCAGAGGAACGAGCAGAUCGUAAAAGAGAGGAGCUAAAACGCGAACUUGAGAGAAAAGCUGCGGCUGGCCCAGCAAAGAAAAAAAGACGAUUCUAG